AGGAGCGGAGCAGAGGAGGCAGACUGGGGAGAGUUUUAGCCGAGCCUUCAAGCAGUUUUACCUUUACUCUUUAUUUUACAUAUAGAAUAAGCGCGUCAUGAUUACUUAUAAACUUCCCACCGCACUUUUUCUUAAGCGGAAGUGUUUACCAACAGCCUGGUACCGUUGUUUUCACGAAACCAUGGAUUAGUUAAGGUAAAGAGGAACUUUUAACUUUUCCAUCCCCCGGACCCCUCUCAUAAUGGAAUCCAGACAGAGGAAGCACUGCGGAGGGUGGCCCGUGCUGAGGCUAUGGUUUUCCCUGGCUUGCCUCAUGGGCGCGACCGCCCAGCUUAGUUACUCGGUGUCAGAAGAGCUCAGUCCGGGGGCUGUGGUCGGGAAUAUCGUUAAAGAUUUGGGUCUCACCGUUCAAAUGAUAAUUCAGAGAAAAUUGCGUGUGGUCUCGGAAUCUAACGCGCAGUACUUCGAGGUGAACCAGGCGACUGGGGAUUUUAUUAUUAGACAGACAAUUGACAGGGAACACAUGUGCGAAUUAAGUGAAACAUGUUCACUGCAUGUUGAGAUUGUACUCGAAGAACCUUUAGCAAUACAUCGUGUUCUUGUGGAUAUUGUGGAUGUGAAUGACAAUGCGCCGCAGUUUUCCACUAAUAAUAUUUCCUUGGAGAUAUCAGAGGCGGCCGCGCCGGGCACCCGGUUCCGACUGGAGAGUGCGCACGACCCAGAUGUGGGUAUCAACUCUCUGCGUACGUAUCACCUCGCAUCCAACGACCGCUUUGUUUUGAAUGUGGAAACGAAAAGUGACGGGGAUAAGUUCCCGGAGUUAGUUUUAGUGAAGGCUUUGGAUAGGGAGACGCAGGCCUCGUUUCGCCUAUUGCUUACUGCCCUAGACGGGGGACAGCCAGAGAAGUCUGGCUCCACUCUUCUACUCAUUACAAUUCUGGACGUCAAUGACAACGCGCCAGUCUUUGACAUGUCGAUUAAAAAAGUUAGCGUGUUGGAGAAUGUUGAAAAGGGCACUUUAGUAACGAAACUGAACGCAACCGAUGCGGAUUAUGCUCAGAACGGGGAGAUCUCCUUCCUGUUUAGUAAAUACACGCCGGACCGGGUGCUCAAGCUAUUCAGCGUGGAUUCGAAAACCGGUGAGGUCCGUGUGAAUGGUCACGUGGAUUACGAGACAGCGAAUGAGUAUUACGUCACUGUGCUGGCCAGGGAUGGGGGAACCCCCGCCAUGGAAGCAUCCUGUAACAUCAAAGUUGAAGUCACUGACGUGAAUGAUAACUCUCCGGAGGUGAUGUUGACGUCCCUGACCAGUCCUAUCCAGGAGGACGCAGCACUGGGCACAGUUAUCGCCCUCAUCAGCGCAAGGGACCUGGACUCUGGUAAGAACGGCAAGGUAACAUUAAAGGUCCAGUCUGACCUGCCCUUCAAACUCAACUCCGCCUUUGGAGAGCACUACAACCUCAUCACCGACGGCAACCUGGACAGAGAGACCAUGGCUGAUUACACUGUGGUCAUCAUGGCGACCGACGCUGGAUCCCCUCCCCUGUCGUCAUGUACGACCUUCGUGGUCAAGCUGUCAGACGUGAAUGACAACGCUCCGUCGUUCUCCCAGGCCUCUUACUCAGUGGACGUCCCCGAGAACAACGCCCUCAGCACCCCAAUCGCCAUGGUGGUGGCCUCUGACCCGGACAUAGGGGAAAAUGCCCGCGUCUCCUUUUCCAUCCUGCCCAGCAUGGUCCAGGGCUCACACAUCUCCUCCUAUGUCUACAUCAACCCAGAGACUGGCCACAUCUAUAGCAUGCACUCCCUGGACCAUGAAACCCUCAGCGCCUUCCGCAUUGAGGUACAGGCUCGAGACGCCGGGGCGCCACCUCGGACCACCAACGUCACUGUGCAUGUAUUCGUAGUAGAUCUUAACGACAAUGCGCCCCUCAUCGUGUACCCCCCCUUCCCCCAGGAUACGGGGCUGCAGCUCAGUGUACCGCUGUCGGCUGGGCCAGGGCAUCUCAUUAAUAAACUGGUUGGGGUGGAUCCCGAUAGCGGUCAUAACGCCUGGUUGUUCUACUCCAUCGCCCCCGGGCCUCACGCUGCUCUGUUCCUCAUCACCCCGCACACCGGCGAGCUCCGCACCACUCGCAAGCUAGCCGAGGAGGAGGGUGGCUCCGCCUAUGACAUCACUGUGGUCGUCCAGGACAACGGCGAACCUACUCUCUCCACCACUGUGGCCAUUACGGUAACAGUGGAGGAGAAGGGCGCCAGUGACGCCACCAUGGACAACCGGAAGACGUUGGGGAUGCGGCAGACUGGGAUGUCUGACAUCACCCUGUACCUCAUCAUCUCACUGGCCUGCGUCUCGGCCAUGUCCUUCCUCACCUUCUUCAUCAUCAUGGUCCGAUGCCUCCGCCACCGCAGCGACCAUGGAGGGACAGGCUGCUGCUACAGCCAUUACCGGCCCAGCAGGGCCUACCAUCAGAGGCCCCACAAGGACCUCCACCUGCAGCUCAACACAGACGGACCCAUCCGUUACAUGGAGGUGGUGGGAGGGGCUCAAGACCCCCCAGGAACACGGACCUACAGACCCUGCUACUCCACCACCUCCAGCCGCAGUGACUUUAUGUUUGUUAAGACACCCAUGAUGAGCCACAACAACACACUCAGUAUGACGCUCAACAGGAAGCACCUAAUGAACUCAGCCAAUGAGGUGAGGCCUCCUAACGCCGACUGGCGCUUCACCCAAGGCCAGAGACCUGGACCCAGUGGGGCUGGAGGCCCCCCUGAAAUGGCCAUGGGAACCGGACCCUGGCCCAACCCCCCCACCGAGGCCGAGCAGCUCCAAGCACUGAUGGCCGCCGCCAACGUGAGCGAAGCGACCGCCACCCUGGGACCAGGCACCAUGGGUCUAAGCACCCGUUACAGUCCCCAGUUCACCCUGCAGCACGUGCCCGACUACCGUCAGAACGUCUACAUCCCUGGCAGCACGGCCACCCUGACCUCCAACCCCCAGCAGCAGCAGCAGCAACAGCAGAUGCUGAUGCAGCAGCAGAUGGCAGCCCAACAACAGGCCCUGCAGGCCCAGCCCUCCGAGGCCUCGGCUCAGCCUGAACCCCCCAAGGCUGCCCAGACCCCCGCCUCCAAGAAGAAGUCCACCAAGAAGGAGAAGAAGUAGGAUGGGUGGAAGGACGAACGAUGAAUGGAUAGAUAUGGAGUAUACGAUGAGAAGAGAACAACCUGAUGAGAAAUUAAAUUUAACCACAGGAGGCUGUUGAGGGGAGGAAUGCUCGUAAUGGCCGGAACAGAGCGAAUGGAAUGGCAUCAAAGACAUGGAAACCAUGUGUUUGAUACCAUUCCUCUCCAGCCAUUACCACAAGCCUGUCCUCCCCAAUUAAAGUGCCACCAACCUCCUGUGAAUUCAACCCUCGCUCACCCCCACUUUUCCACACAAUGCGUUUACUCUAACCAUGGUUGGAAUUGUAUUGGUCACGCUCAUAUGAUAACACAAAAUAUGGAGAUGGUUUGGGAAUGUUUGUUUUUGGGCUCUUGAAUCUGAAAAGGGUUGAAGGUUUGCAAACCGCAUGGACAUUUUAUUUUUGUUUUCUUUCUGAAGGCUAGCUAGAAACUGUUGUUUUUGUUUUCUUUCUGAAGGCUAGCUAGAAACGGUUGUUUUUGUUUUCUUUCUGAAGGCUAGAUAGAAACGGUUGUUUUUGUUUCCUUUCUGAAGGCUAGAUAGAAACGGUUGUUUUUGUUUCCUUUCUGAAGGCUAGAUAGAAACGGUUGUUUUUGUUUCCUUUCUGAAGGCUAGCUAGAAACGGUUGUUUUUGUUUCCUUUCUGAAGGCUAGCUAGAAACGGUUGUUUUUGUUUCCUUUCUGAAGGCUAGAUAGAAACGGUUGUUUUUGUUUCCUUUCUGAAGGCUAGAUAGAAACGGUUGUUUUUGUUUCCUUUCUGAAGGCUAGCUAGAAACGGUUGUUUUUGUUUCCUUUCUGAAGGCUAGCUAGAAACGGUUGUUUUUGGAAAGCCUGUGUUCUGUUCUACUCAACAGCAAAGUAUUAAUGGUAUUUCCUGGUAAGGAAGACUGGAGUUGGGGGGUCAAUUAAUUUGGAUUCACUUCAGACAACAGAUUGAGUGUAAAAACCUUGCUAGGGUAACAAGGUUCACCCAGUGACGUAUUCACAGGUUGAUAUUUUAACCAUGUUCCCUAAGAUGUUUCAUGUUGGAUUUGUAAUUGUUUAUUUUCCUGAGUUGGAAAGUAGAUCAGUGUUGACUAUAGUAGAUGACUAUAGUAUAGAUUCCUAUAUAGCAGUCCUAAAACCAAUCUGUGCGGCAUUCAGUUGAAUUUGAAAAUCCCGACAUGAGCGUCGAGCCUCCACCGCUAUAUAGGAUCAGCCUCAUAGGAUCCUACACCACAGCUCUUUGGAACACAAGGGUAUCGUGUCCACUGGGAAUAUUCUACUCCUCUGCAUGUUCCUAUAGCUUCAAACCACAAACCUUCUAGAAGAUUCAACAAUGCAUUGCUUAAGCGUUGCAAAGAGGACGACCACCUUAACUCUUCUCCCAAAAAUACUGGUUGAUAAAUGCACUUUGUAGCAUUUAUCUGACGUGGUAGCGAAAAAUCCUAAAUAUGAUUUUGUAAGCAUUAGUUAAAUGGUAAGAUUAGAAUAUUUUGCUUUUUAUGACCUUAGCGUGAACCCUAUUAGAGUGCUAGGGCAGAGGGGGAGGGGCAUGUUAUAGUACUAUCAUCAGCCCUAUUGGCUGGCUUGGUGACAUAGUAGGCACUGCCCCUUUUUUAGAACACCAUAGAUGGGCAUAGAGACCACCUGCUGUCCCCUUAUGCCCCCUCCCCUCACUGGCUAUCCCACUUCAACCAUAGGAGAUGCACUGUUCAUACUGCAAAGAUGAGCUGUAGGGUAAAAAGCCCUUCAGAGGAGGGCACAAGUAGAGAUCUUCAACAAAUUGCUGAGAAGUUACACUUCUUAGGUCACCAGGCUCCAGAUUGAGUGUUCACCCCUUGCUAUGUAUCCUGAAGUGCAGAUAGUUAUAUUUCUUGAUGUGAUAAGACAUGUUUUUUGACGACUCAGCAGCAUAAGAGUUGUUUAGAAGAUAAGUAGGAAGUCUUUACUUUAUCGUCCUUCUGUCAGGCUCCCACCACAUGAAGAGGCAGCAUGGAGGCAGGGUUCAAGGGAGAGUGGAAAGGGAUGGGGUGCGACGUCUGGGUUGGUACCAUUAGAUUGACUGGGAGGGGGGCAACGACCUUGGCUCUACUCACUGAAUGUACAUAGGCAAGGUCCACCCCUAAACUUCCUCGAAUGCACUGACCCAGGUUAGAGGGUGACAGAGCCAAGCCAAGCAUCUCUCCAUGUCACAGAGGAGAUACCACUUCAGAAGAAGGGAGCGGGGACAGAGUUCGCUAGUUCCAUUCCUCGCUGUAUCUAUCCCCUCAGUGUAAAUCCACUCUGGUAAAGCUAACCUCAAGCCUCUGCCCUCCACUCCCUGGUCCAGUGAAGGCUCUUCCCCACUGUAAAUAAACACUGGUCCUGUCGGUGGUAUGAGCCAGGUGUUUGUAUAGUACGGACCACGUCCAGCAUUUUCAAACUAAAAGUCCUCUCUCCACAAGGCGCGGCUUACUACUGGAAUGUGUUGCAUUUGUUUUUCAAGAAAAAUAUGAAAACCGCUGCGAGAAAAAAAGAUCUCUGAAAUGUUCUUCUACAGUUUGUGUUGCAAUGUAGUAACUAAACACCAUGAAGGCCAACUAACUAACUCUUCAGUGUAAAUAAAUAAAGUUGCUAACUUUAGAAGAUGAGUAAACAGUGACACCCAUAGACUAGUUAACUUGUGAUAUGUGUUGCGCACAUUUUUGUGUUCAUUUUCACUCUCCAUUUUACCACCCUGUAAAGAAACCAACAAAAAAAAAAAAAGUAUAUUGAAAAAAAUGUUUCUAUCCUUCUGUAACCUCUUUACUUUUUCUUUCUGUGAUUCAUAUCGCAAAUUUGUGCAGGAAUGCCUCUCUCUCUGUCCAUAUGAACAAAUUAUUAUAAAUAUUAUAUAUGUGUGUAUGUCCGUCUGCUGCUGAAUUAAUCCUCUCCCGUGCUGUGGCCUGAUAUCUUUCUUAUGAAACUCUUAAACCCCCCUAAUCUCUUAUUUGUUAUGCUAAUAUUUAUAUUGCUGUUUUAUUUUCCCUUGAACACUGACGUUUCAAAUAAAAGGUUCAGAAAUCAUUAAA